GUAUGUCAUAAACAAGUCAGCGAUUACGCACUCUCCCAAGACACAAUUUAACCCGCAGAGAACUAUUCGAACAGUUCUUAGGAACAUACAAAAACAUCAUGGCACUGGAAGAUAACAUGUUGGCCUACCUACUUUUCAGUUUGAUUGAAUUACAUUUAUUUGGUUUUGAAAUACACUCUGUAGUGUAAACAUGUAUGUGGACUGUCGGUCCACUGGAUUUUGCGUUUGUUGGCUGCCUGAGCUUUGUUCUAGCAACGUCUGGUGUAAGUACUGAUCAAUGUUCAUGAUGAGUUGCGGAAAUGGACCAGCACGUGCUGUGCUCCUGUUGUCUUUGCUGCUGCUCCUGCACGCCGCGGAGGAGAAACCACGCGCUAAACUAACUGUCACCGAGAUUCAACACCAUAAUGGUUCCACCUGGAACUUGGAGAGUCUUCCCCAGCUGAGUCUGUCCACCUUCCGGUUCUCUCCAUCACAAGGCUCCUGUUCUGCUUGUGUCCAUGUCCGUGUCAGAAUGAAAGCUGCAGACUUUACUGGGACACUGACUAUUACCUACCUGGAGCUGUCAACUAGUACUCACAGAAUCAUCUCCAUAGAAAAUGUCAAAAAUCGCACUUUACAGUGGAGAGGCCCGCUUCCAUUCAACGGAGGAAAGACCAAAAUCAAACGUUUACGUCUCCAUAAUAUUGGGCAUCAAAUUUUGUGGGAGUUGGUGUAUGACUGUUUCCCGGCCGAUGCAGGGCGACAAGUGUAUGUGUCUUUGUCCUCCAAACCAAAGAGAGAAGACAGGUACAUCGUACAAGACAUCUGUCCAGAUCCAGUGCCGGAGUUUGACCUGUUUGUUGAUGAGCUGGCUCGAUCCCUCACUGUAACUGUAGCAACUGGGGACCACAUAUACCAGCCGGCUCUCUCACCUGAAGUAUACACCAGGCUGUGCUACAGACAGACAGACUCAGAAUGCUCCAACCUUUCUAAUCUUACUACUAUUGACACCAAUCAGGCAUUGUCAGUGACUCUCAGGUUCCCCUACCUGCUUCGCUGUGUCUGUGUACAGGUAUAUUACACACACCUGGAUGCAAGGCGAACCACAGUUUGCCCAUUUGUGAACAGCUCAUUAGAUGAGGGCAGAGACGUGUGGCGCUCCAGUUCUGUGACUCUGUAUGGUGAGUUGGGUUCGAACCUGGCAUGGAGCUCCCCGUGUCCUACUGCUUACCUGAAGCUCUCUGCCUCCCUCUGCUGGCAACACCAGAGAAACACAUCCCACUGCACUCCCAUCCUCAACUCCACACUGGAGGACAUAGUGGAGAAGAGAGAUCUGAAAUAUAAUGUUUCUGCUGUGGAUAAACACCCUCAGAUGUGUGUGCAGUUGUCCUUUAGAAGCAGCUUUGAUGUCCACUGUCCAUUCCUGCCAGGUAUGUCUAAGUGGGAGGCAUAUGUUGGUCCUGGUUCACAGAGUCUCCGUGUCUAUCUCACCUCCAAUAUCCCAGCAUCCUUUGCUGCUCAACUCUGUGUAUGGCAGGACAAGGGAUGUGUGUCCAGAGGAGCUAUCUACUUAGUAAACAUGGGUGGGGGCACCAGAGAGACACAGCUGAACCUGCCCUUAUCCUUCCUAACUGAGGGACUAUGUGUGCAGGUGUGGCGGUCAGAUCCUCCACAGUAUGGGAGGAGAAUACUCUGUCCUGACUAUUCCCACAGGAGAUGGGGUCUCUAUGCUGUUGCAGCCUUGACACUUCUGGUUAUUGUGACAAUGCUGGGACGCCUCAUCCACUAUGUGACCAAGAAUGGAGUCACAGGUUGGCUGUUCAUCCAGAGGCCUGUGUUGUUGGUGUGUUCCUCAGAGCUGUCAGCCCAUGUGUCUCCCGUGUGUGCUUUGGCCUCCAUUCUACAGGGGGAGCUGUGUGCUGAAGUGCGCAUGGCUCUGUGGGCCCAGAUCUCCAAUGGGGAUGGUCCUGGGGCUAUGGAGAGGUCUGGGGCUGGUGUGGCUGAGCUGGGCCCUGUGCCCUGGAUGUAUGGACAGUGGGAGGCAGUCAGAGAGGCAGGAGGCCGGGUGCUGAUCAUAUGGAGCCCAGAGGCUAAGGAGUCCUACAAGAGUUGGAGAGAAGAGCGAGAUGGAGGGAGUAGGAGAGAUGGGAAAAAGACAGGAGGGAGUAAAGGAGAGGAGAUGCGACAAGGGGAGAGUGGAGGAGAAGAGCUGAAAGGACUUGAGAAAACAAGAGAUAAACAGGAGCAAGCAGGAAUGAAGAAAGGAGUGGAAUGGAAAGAGGAAGGUAGGAGCGGAGAGGAGGAGAGGGAGCCAUCCUCAGUGACGGGGCCGGUGUUCAGGGCUGCCCUGUCUUGUCUGCAGGGGGCACUACAGGGGACAGGCAAGAGCCACGGCUUUGCCCUUGUCUACUUCCAGGACCUCUGUCACAGCCGAGACAUCCCCAAAGACCUCAGAGGUGUCCCGCGCUACUGCCUGCCUCGGGAUUUUGGGGGCCUGAUACGAGAGCUGGGCGGGAUGGCUAGAGGAAGGAACAAUGUCAUUGGCAGCUGGCACUGCUGGCCCAGACUCCUCUCCAAAACAUUGUCGCUUUGGUUGGCACGACGACUAACUCACAAGAUGAGUUGCCACGGACGCACCCACAGGAAGAAGAGGGUCCAAAACCGAAAUUGUCGCAGAAAGUGAUGUCAGAGAGGACACUAAGCAGGCAUGUGUCGCCACUGUCAACCAAUGAAGAGAGGACAGAGCCAAGCACUUUGCAGGAGAAGUCACUCAGCGGGCCACCGUGGGGAUGAGGCAGGGCAUCUCAGGUUUUACCUUUAUACAGGGGACAGUUUUUUGUUGUUGUUGUCUUGACUGUAACAUGAGGCAUGGGUGGUGUAGUGACCCCAAACAGUGUAGCAGAGACAACGAACAUUUAUGCCUAAAGUCAAUAGGGGGUAACACUUCACCACUAAGAUAGCUUAGCAAAUCAAGUGGUAAGGUAAGUAAAUAUGGUCAUCUGGGUACAUCCCACGUAUGGCCACAGUUUGUUCUUUGUGUACUGAGUGCACUGUUCGAACCUGACCAUGAAGCCACACACAUCAGCCUUAUCUUUGUGGGUUUGCCUGAACAAAGGAGACACCUUAAUCUAGUGAAUAUCUCCAACAAAAUCAACCACCCUCUGUUAAUACAAGAUUUAAAUUCACUACAUUACUCUGAACAAUCUUGGCUAAUUAUUUUGUUUUGAUUAUAUAAGUGAUUUUUGACAUAAUAUAGUGAAAUCAGAACAAGUCAACAUGGCAGAGUGCAUGGAGGCUGCCACAUCAAGCAGCAUUAAGGGAAGUGCUAAAGAAAAGGAGGCUUGGAGUACAGUUGCCGGGCGCAACACACCAAAGGAAACGGUUCACCCUAUCUUCAUCUUGGAGAGAGAAAUCCUUACAACGGAGGAGGCCAUAGCUAACCCCCUGAAGGAAGAAUAGCUCUACCAUAGCAUACAGGUAAUCCACCCAAGCCACUUGAGAUUGGUACAGAGAGUGCACUCUGGCAUAUCUAUCUAAGUGAAAAGGAGGCAACUCCUUAUUGGAGGAAUAUCUGUCUGUGGAAAGCAUGUACUGUUCAAGGAAAACAACCCUGUCAGUCUGAAGUCACGCAUGGCCAAUCAGAACUCAGUUCAAGUUACAAUCAAAGAGCUGCCUGAAUCAGCAGAUGACAGUGUUGUGACAGAGUUUCUGACCAAAGCAGGUUGCAAGAUUGGGGAAAGUUAUGAAACGCAUGAUUUGAUGCAAGAACCAACUCACUAACUGUUCUAAUGGAGACCGCUUUGUUUACAUUGAAGCAGUGCCCCCCAAACCCAGACCGCGCUCUGCAAAGAUGGGUCCACACUGGGUCAAAAUAUUAUUCUAUGGAUCGUACAAUGGACAGCGUCAAGACGAGCCGGAACAAAAGCCUGCACUGAGCCCAAAAUGCAUUCCAGCCACUGAAGAGAACUUUAAUUACAUAGAGGAGAUGUACAGUAUAGCUAGUCUGUGCUGGAUGACAAUGCCCUGCCUGAAAGUGGAACAGAGCUAUCAGAAACACCAGCAGAAUCUGGAGAAAUUCAGAGUGAAACUGAAGAUCAGGCCACUUCUACACUGAAGAAUAAGGGGGAUGAGCCUGGAGAAAACAGUGAGCCAGACCCAACUAUACAUUCUAAUGACCAGAGAAAGAAGAAGAAAUGAAGUAGCAAAAGAAUGUGAAGUGACAAAAGCACAGUAAAACAAGAAGAAAGGCAAGACCGAAGAUGGUAAGAUGAACAGAAGGCGGUGCAACUCACUUGGGAGGGCAAAAGAAGGGAAUCCAUCCUUUUAAUUAUCUUAUUCCCUCUGUGCUCUGUCCCUCUGUUCUCUACAGGCAAGUAAGAGACCAAGGGAAAGAUUCAAAGUUAAGUCUGGAACAGAAGGCAAAGAAAUACUACCUGAGUUAGAUGAUAACUAACUCACUGGGCACACCACGUUAUUUCAACGUGGAAAUGUGGGUAAUAUUUGGGUAAGACGUUGAUCAAUAAGAUUUCACUGUGCUUCGUCUAAUACCAUAACCAAAUUACCUGGAUUGCAGUUUAGAUUACAUUAAAAGUACAUAGUGUAAAUGAUCAAUGUUUGAGAUUCUGCACAGAUUAUUAUAGCAAUUGUGAAGAUCUCCACAGACCUGUGAUGACCUUUGCAUGCUAUCUUGAACAGGCACACUUUCUAUAAUUACAUAAGAUAUUUAUAGUUACAGUAGGCUAACCUCAAUGUGGCCAUGGAUCUGUUACUUAUUUUAAGGUAGAAUAAAUACUGUUACAUUAGCCUUAUUGCUAUAUACUGUAUUACAAAAGUAAAUGGAACUAUCCAAGCAGAAGGUACAUAUUCUUCAAAUGUUGAUAUUUGGUUGCCAAAUGCAUUUCAAUAUCCAGUUUGUCUACAAAUUAAUGAUUUAUGUUGAAUUCACGUCUCCAUCUUAACCAAAAAUCUAAGUUAAAGAAUUGUCACUAGAGCCAUGUGCUGAAAAUCCUGGACACAUCCUGUACAAUGUACUGAGCUUUGAACACUUCAUCUGAUUUUUCAAAUGUGAAGCUUGUCUUCAAGUGUCUCUCAAUGGUCUUUCCCCUGAACCCCCUGACCAAACGGAUGCAGAAGCUGCAAAGGCCUGGAAUGUCCACCAGGGAACACUGCAGGGUCUUUCUACUGCAUUGUUUCCCAACAGGCUGCUACUGCUUCAGCAGCGCGAUCAUGUAUGAACUGUUGUGUGUUAUCCAACAGACCCAUUGAGACUGUAUGUCCAAGUUGUAAAUAUUAGUGCUAUGAGAUUUGCUUAGGUGCAUCUAAUUGAAGGCUGGCAUUGUGGAUAUAAUUAUGAUAAUGUACAGAUGUGAUAUUUUCAUUGAUUACGUAUUUCUUUACUUUUGUUUUCAUUAAAGUCUAUUUAGGGACGGGUGUUGAAAAUUUGCUUGAGCUAGACUCACUAGUGCAAUGCAUCGGACGAUUGUUUGUUCAUUGUGUCAAUGUGUUUGUCCCCAAUAAACUCAACUAUUAUUGUA